GGGACCGCCUGGAUGCAACCACUAAAUCCGUUCUUGCGCGCCUUUUUCCGAAGCGCACUACCGUCGCAAUGCUCGCCCAUCAAUCAACAUGUGCUGCUGGUCCCGACAACCGAAGUCCUGCUCAACGCGAAAGAUCGCGAGUCCAACAGCCCAUAUGCGGAGCUAGUGACAAGCGAGGAGUUCCUUGGCAGCCAUGUGUUGCGUGUGCCAAACGGAAGUCAAUCUGGCAACACCGUUGGGGAAGGCGGCAAUGUGCGCGAACAGAAGGGCAAGGCGAAACAAUACACUACCAUCAAUGGGCGGACGGUGAUCGUUAAAGAUGCCUUCGUGUAUAGCAACAAGGGUUACAAGACGCUAAACCAGGCGCAACUCUUACAGGAUAUCAUCUACUAUCCUGAUACGCUCGAUGGGCAGCAAUGGCUAGUGUACUACAUAUCCCGGCCUUUAAUGGGCUCAUACCAGGCAACGCCCGUCAUACCAGCUGUCAUUAGUGAUGAACCAAGCAAAGAGCGACGGAAGCUGCUUGCUGAAGCUUCAGAAACUACGAUAUCAGGCGCUGGCAGCCCGCCCCUUUUACCGAAGAAGAAAGACGUCAAGAGUUUUGCAGAUCUGCUCAACCAGUUUCCAAUGAUAUCGAGACAGAUGCAACCGGGCCUUGAGCGAAUUAUCCGCGACUUCGUAGCCAUCAAUGAUAAGCCAGUACAGAAGCCUCGGUCUAGACGGUCAUCUGUAAGCUCGCAGACACCGUCUGUCAGCAGUUCUGUCGCCUCAAUCAAGUCUUCAUUGUCCGGUAGUACGACCGUGCAUCCGACCGCUUUGGAGUUAGAGCCAGAGGAAGAAACCAUCCGAACUUCGCUGGAGACUGCCAUAACGGCAGCCAUCGAUCUGUUCCAGCAGGUCGACAAACAACAGCUAUCACUUCUCGGUGCCAACACAGAGCUUACCGGGCCGGUUGUGGAGCGUAUGAUUGAACGAUACGUCGCUGAGCAAGUCCACGAUCAGACCGUCUUUCCCAAAGUGUGCGCUGUUCGGAAGGCUGACGAUAGCGACCUGGACUCGAAGAUCCGUAAGAUGUCCGACAUCGACAUUGCGCAGGUCGGGAUUCCUGUAGAAGAUGGGAUGAAGGGCAAGCGUGAGCUUGCGGACCGGUUGGCGAAAGGUGGUGACGCGUUCAAGAGGAUGGGCGUCGCUAGCAGCGCGCAAGAGAUGCUUGAGAUCUUACUAGCUACGCAGAAGGCUGUCACUGACGUGCCGAACUCAGGGGCUGAUUCGGGCAACGCGCUGACUGUGAAUGCUGACAUCCUGGUCUCUAUGUUACUUGUGGUUGUCAUCAGAAGCGGCGUGCGACACUUGCACUCGCGCUUGCUGUAUAUGCGGUACUUCAUCUUUACGGACGAUGUUGAGAGCGGAGAGCAAGGCUAUGCGCUGGCAACGCUUGAAGCCGUGCUGAACCACUUGACAAACGCGUCGCACGCGCUCCGCAAAGCUAGUAAGCGUAACAAACAGCUGUGGCAGGCAUCGCGUGGCGGUGAUGUGCAGGCGCUGGAAGCCAUACUGCAGCCGUCAAUCAUCGCGCCUAGUGAGGACGCCAUUUCUGAAACUCCUGAUGCAGUCAAUGACGAGUCGUCAGAAGACUCGGCACCGGAGACAUUGCAUCUUCGCGAGGAAGCCAUAAAAGAUCUCCGCCCGAGCGAGGGUAGAAUGCCGGAGUUUGCCGCGGUCAACGGUUCGCUUGGCCAUGUAUUUCCGUUCCAGAGACCGCCAACACCGCCUCCCGAGCAAACAAGUGCGAAGAUGAAGAAAAGAGUGUCCAUGGCGUCAUUACCGCGCAGCCAGUCGCAGUCAUCAGGCUACUCGUCGCGAUCACAUUCGCGCAAGAGGAGCAUUGACUCGACUCUCAGCCUCGGACCCGGCGGCGACCUCUCGUCGGAGAAGCUUGCGCAGACCCAAGAUCCUGACGGCAAUUCUGUGCUGAUGAUGGCGGUUGACGGUGGUCAAGUUCAGGCGCUUAGAUUCCUGCUGAGCAUUCCAGCGCACUUUCGAGCCGAGUUUGUCCUUGAUGAUGGGAACAACGCUGGUACCACCUUGCUCAGCGCGGCUGUACAGUCAGGUAACCGAGCGGUGGCCGAUGAACUGCUUGAGUUCCUUCGGAAGCAUACCUCAGACGAACAAUUACAGCAAUACCUAGCGGUACAAGACGCACAGGGCCGCUGCGUAGCUCACUAUCUCUUCAACCAGCCGCAUUUGAUACAACGAUUCGGUAAGAAGCUGCCUUGGCGGCUCAAGGACAUGAACGGCCAGACACCGCUGUUUGCGCUCUGCCGUUCCUACGAUCACCGCCAGUAUCAUACCAUGGUAGACUCGGCGAUGUCUCUAGCGGCUGAAACGCAAGGCGACGGGGAGCCUCUGCAUCUUGAUGAUCACCUUGACGCUAAAGGCAAUACUCUAUUGCAUGUCGUGGUCGACACGCAGAUGAUGCUCAAGCUUCUCCGGCAUUGCGAUGCCGAUGUCAAUGCAGCGAACGACAAGCGCUUCACGCCGCUGAUGGUGGGCAGCAAGUACGGGCGGAUAGAUCUCGUGCGUGUCCUCUUCGGCGACCCUAGGGUCGAUACCACCCUUAGAGAUUUGCGUGGGCUGAGCGCGGUGGAGCUAGCUAAGGACGAUGACGUGCGGAACCGCAUUGACGACCUCGUGCUGCUUAGUAGGCCACCGGGAAAGGACGGCAGAACCACCACGGUCGUGCGCUCGUUCUUCGUUGAAGACGGCACGGUGCGUUUUGUGCUUAAAUCUGGUGCCCAGAAUACCGGCGGCUCAAUCACCGUCACCACCUGCCGUCGCACGGUCACAGACUUUGAGAACCUCGCCAACUGGUUACGCACCGAGUGUCAAGCUUCGUGGCUGCCCGUGCACUUUAACCUCCCCUCGCCGUUCCUCAUCCCAUCGAAGCCUUCCCGGGCGGUGUUGCGGGAUGCGCAGAUACGGCUUGAUAACUUUUUCUGUAAUCUGCUCACGCACGGCACCUUCGCCACCCAUGAGCUGGUCUGGGAGUUCUUCCUCGUACCGGAGCUGGACGCUCGAAUGCUUACUGAGCGCAGCAAACGCAAGGCUGAGCUCAGGGUCGAACACGUAAAGGAUGACUUCGAACCAGUUCCUAUGGAGGAGACGCAAGAAGUCGAGAAUUUUGUCGCAUACGCCAAGGAUCAAAUCCGUGGCAUGACCAUGGCGACGAGGAAGGCCAUGCGGUCUGUCAACAAGUACAGGAUGACGUACAACGACUUGUCGGAGGCGCAGGGCAUAGCUUCAUCACGCUUGUCGACAGUCCUCUCCCUGCCGCCUGUAUACGGCACGGCGUUCGAGCGCUAUUCGAAGGCUCUUGUACCCACCGACGCUUCACCCUGGACAGCACUGUUCUACAGCCUGCACUCUGUCGUGUCUUCCAGCACAGCGAUCCAAGUCGCACUGAACAGGCCAGCAUACCUUAUAGGGAGCAUGACUGCAGCUCAACGCAACAUCGAUCGCUCUCUGGGCUCCAUCUCCCGCACUAACCGCUGGACGCCGAACAUUGGUUUGUUUGAUGACGCCAAGAAAGCGGUCGCGGUCGACGCUUGGGACAAGGCCGGAAAAGCGCGCGGAGAGCUCGAGAACCUGGGCUGCGAGCUCAGGUAUACCCAGCAAACUGUUGCGAGUGAGCUGGCGGUAUGGCAGGAUGAGCAUGUCAAAGCCGGGCAAGCGACGUUGAGGCGCUUCGCGAAGGACAUGGUUGUCCGGGAGAAGGCGAGGCUGGAGAACUUGAAGAGGGCUUUGAGGGGGAUACGGAAGCAGUCGCCGCUCCCCGCAAUAUGAGCGGAGACCCCAGCGCCGACCUUUGGUGAUGGUCUGGCCGGCUAUGUAUGGAAAGCUAAUGUGCACAUAGUGUAUUGUAAGCUCACGAUAAAGCCCGCAUCUCAGCUCGCAGUCCAAGCAUAUGUCUUGACCAGCUUGCAAUUGGGUAAGACGCAGAUUUCACGCCGAGUUAUCAAGACCUUCCCUG